CGGAGCGGCUACUUUCUAGCCGGGAAGGAAAUCGCCGAGCCAAGUCAGGAUUCCCGGCCGUUCUCCCCAUCUCCUGCGGGCCUUGCUGAGCAGACGAUACGAGAGAAAGGCAGCGGCCUGGACUUCCGCCGGCCUUCUGGUUACUUCCGAUAUCUAAUUGAAAUAUGAUGUAUUGAAAGACAAACCAUUGCUGAGGAAGCAAUGAAUGAGCCAAGACCUGCUGGGACAGAUCAGGAGCCAGGAGGAACAGAAAAAAACACUAGUGGAGUUCACCACCAACGUAAGGCAGAGCAGCUGAGAUGGGGAGUGUCACAACAUUACCAAAGGGAGACCUGUCACGGGAUGCAGGAGCUCUGGGAAGCCCAGCUCCAGCAGUUCCUGAAAUCUCUGCAGCCCAUUUUAACAGGACGGGGAAACUCUGGGAUGUCCGAGGCUUCUCCCUGGGAGGACACCAAAGAGUUUCUGGCCUCCUUUGAGCAAGUGGCCAAAGCUUGCCGAUGGCCCCGGGACCGGUGGGCGGCCCAUCUCCUGCCGGCCCUGAGCGGAGAAGCGGAAGAGGCCUUCCGAGGUCUGGAAGCCCGAGACCAGGAAAACUAUGAGAAAGUGAAGGCCGCCAUCUUGCGGGGGGAAGCCCUGAGAACGGAGAGGCAGCGGCAGCACUUUCGGCAGUUCUGCUGCCAAGUGGUAGAGGAUCCCCGGAGGAUCCACAGCCAACUCCAGGAGCUUUGCCGCCAGUGGCUGAAGCCGGAGAGACGCACCAAGGAGCAGAUCCUGGAGCUGCUGAUCCUGGAGCAGUUUCUGGCCAGCCUCCCACCAGAGCUCCGCAGUUGGAUCCAAGCCAGGAGGCCGGAGUCGUGUUCCCAGGCGGUGGCCCUGGUGGAGGACUUCUUGAUGAGUCAACAGGAGGCCAAAACCAGGACAUCUCAGGGUCCAUUAAAAGAAGAGCCGGUGGACUUCCUAGUAGCAGAGAACGAGGCCCUGAAUGCCGCAAAGGGAGCAGCCUGUGAUGAACCUGAGCCAGAUGUGGAUGCCAAAUUGCUGGUCAAUGGAUUCAAACCUCCAGGUGUCUUGCUAACGCCUCCUAAAGAAGUGAGCCAGACUGAUGGGAAAAAGGACUCCAGGGAUUUCAAGGAAACUGGAGGGUCUCUGCAAAUCGUCAAGCAGGGCCUGACCCAACCAGGCCUACAACAGACAAUGCUGUGGCAAGUCCUGCAGGAGGCCGACGACACCGCAAACAGAGAUAAUUUGGGGAAUGAAAUGGGAAAUUACAUCAAAGUUGAAAUUUCUCAGGAUGGAGAAACGGAAAGAGAAGAUGCUUGCAGGAUGGAGCCACAGACCAGCUACAACCACGUGCCUGUAAAAGGCAAGAGGCUGGGAGGAAGAUCUGAGCCACAAGGAGCAUCGCCACAAGGAGGAGCAGAAAAGGGAUGUAUUGAGCUGGCAGGAGUUCAUCGGAAGAGGUACCAGAGAACUCCCCUUCUGCAUUCCUUUCCUAGGGAGGGCGGUCAUGGGGUCCCGAAACCCCCCUCGAGCAAACCCCCCUCCCUAAAGAAACCUCGCACCAGUCCGGAGCACAGCGUGGUGUGGAAUCACUUUGAGUUGGAUUCAGAGGACCCCUGCUACGGCAUCUGCACUCAUUGCAAGAGACGGAUCAGCCGAGGCAAGAAUUCAAAACGUUUUUCAACCUCGGGGCUGCUGAAACAUCUGCAGCGGCAUCACGCCAACUUUGUCCCGGCUGUCAUUACCGCACCACAAACUGCGUUGCCGACUAGCAGAAAGGCGAAGGGACCAGUCCUGCCGCAGUGUUGGACGAAGAAGAAGUCGGCCGGUAAAAGGCAGGCCGGUCCAAAGCCUUCGGAAGUGACUCGUGCUGUUGAUCAGAUGGUGGCUUUGGACGACCAGCCCUUCCGCAUGGUGGAGGAUGCAGGUUUCCAGCACCUCCUGGAGUUGCUUGCCCCCAAAUAUAAAAUCCCGUCUGGUGCCACCUUCAGCAGACAGAUCGUGCCUUCCCUGUAUCAGGCCUGCAGGGAGGAGGCCUUGGGGAUGCUUCAAACCCCAGCACCUCCGGCCAGUGUGGACGUGAGCUCCGAUGACUGAAUGAGAGCCGGUUUUCUUCCUUCCUUUGAUACACGGUUGCUCCUGUGAGCACUUGUAGGGGGCUUGUGUUGGUUGGUGGUAUUUUAAUUCACGAUUUUAAUUCACUGAUUAAAUCCAUCACAUCCCCGAAAUUAAAGUAAUAGGCAAAUAUAUAUACACAAGGUUAUAUAUAAAAGGUUAGACCAUAAAAAAUGAACCAAUUGCAGUGUCAGGACAGAAGAGUAUUAUUAAUAAAAGAGCCAUGGUGGCACAGUGGCUAGAAUGCAGUAUUGCAGGCAAACUCUGCCCACUGCCAGGAGUUCGACCCUGUCUGGUUGAAGGUGGACUUGGCCUUCCGUCCUUCCGAGGUUGAUAAAAUGAGGCCCCAGAUUGUUGGGGGCGAUAUGCUGAUUCUAUAAACCACUUGCAGAGGGUUGUAAAAGCACUGUGAAGCAGUAUAUAAGUCUAAUUGCUAUUUGCUAAUAUGAAUUAACCAAUCAGUGGCGAACAUAGAAGCUUACAAAUCCCUAACUUUCUCCCGCUGUUUAACUAACUUCAGCAUUCCGGGCAAACGGGUAACAAAUCCCAUUUGCCACUCCAAUGGAUAGAUUCUUACCUCCUGUUCAGCAGAAGGCGGGGUGGGGGGAGGCAUACGUAUUAGAGAUUUCCACAUCACAGUUCAAAGGUAGAAAGGUGUAGCAAAUAUGGAAAACAGCAAAGCUACAGAAAAAUUCUAUAAAGUGGUCAGAAAAGAACCUAUUGCCCAUUUUAUUUAAGAGGAAGGAAAUGUAUGAAAUGCAGUAAUCUGGUGCUAUCGGCUUCCAGCUAUCUAACUUAAUACCUUGCACAUCUGCGUUUUCUCACACAGACCCUUUCUAGAGGUCUCCAGAAUACCCGUGUGAUAUUGCUUAUGAGGUAAACAAAUAAAACACAUUUUUCCCAAUUUAUACACAUUUUAUACUAAUUCCAAGAUGGGGGAGGCGCGAUGGCUCAGCAGUUUAAGAUGCUCGGUAGCCUUGAAAUGAAUACCACCCCAUAUAGUCAGCUACGUCUAGCAGAGUAAAAUCGUAAGGAGUCCUUUACUUACUUAGAUGAAAAAGUUAAUUUUCUUUAAUUUAAUUACCGCCUCCUUCUCUUGCCUUGAGAUUUCUUCCUAGGAAGCAAAGAGUCAUGUUCUUUGAUUCCCCCUCCGCUUCUUGGCUGAGAAGGAAGUGAUCUCUCAGCCCCUCGAGAGUUGACAUUCUAGCCUUAACCAGAACUUGGAAGUGGCAAGAAUGAAAAUUGAGAUAGUAAAGAUGAAUAUAAUCCUGAAGUGUAAUAUUGCACUAAUUAAAAACAUAACACAGAUUCUGGUUGAACAGAUGAACUAGUAAAAUGAAUGCUCAUUCCCAAAGAUAUAUAAACAAAACAUUUAUACAUCUCUAUUUACCCACUAUCGAGAUAAAAAUUUUGGAAGAGUUUGGUAAAGAAAGUCCAAGUAUCAACUGCCUAAAGCAAAAAGUACCGUAUUUAAACUCAAACUGCUUAAAAUCUUUUCUCAACUUUUGUCUACUUGUCUUUUUUUUCACACUCCACACUGUUUUGUAAAGAUCAAGACAGGUCAGCUAAACUCUCCCAUUUUCUUUUUAAGUGCUUGCCUUAGUUUAAUUCAGGGAUAGUCAGCCUUUUUAUACCUACCGCCCACUUUUGUAUCUCUGUUAGUAGUAAAAUUUUCUAACCGCCCACCGGUUCCACAGUAAUGUGCCAUGUAUCGUCGUCUGCGCAUGCCUCUCGCGCAUCGU